CUCAGUCCCUGAGAGCAUGAUCCUCCGAGACCGAAGCACCAACCGGCCCUUCAGGGUCCGAGCGCGGGACGAGGACUUUGCUGCUGGUCUGAAUCCAGAUGUGAAGUAUGAGGUUCAGUACAGCAGCUACGUCAACGUCACCUCUGAUGGUUUUGUGAUCCUGAAGAGAGUCGUAAAGACGGAGUCCUUCGCCCUUCAGCUCAGAGCUGUGGACACGACAACUGGAGAGUUUGGAACAGCUGCCCUCUCUGUGCAGGUCAUACCAGCGGUGGCCAGCCCGUCUCCGUCAAACGUCGGCUACCGUCCAGGCGACAUGGCGCUGCUGGGUCUGGUCAUGGCGGCUCUGCUGGUCCUCUGCCUCAUUGUGAUUGGCUUCUUGAUUUCCCGCUUGUGGAAGGGAAACGCCAGCGUGGACAAAAUCUGUGAGUGCCUGGGCCCCUGCCUGAAGUCUGACCAGCCCCGCUCCGGCCACAGAGACUCCCUGCAGUACACCAACGAUGGCUUCCAGAACGAGGGCGACCCGAGCCGGGGGGGCGGCAGGCGCUGGAACAACGCUGUCCCCAGACGGAGCACCUUCCCCCAGGCACGAGGCCGGGUCAUCCCCCUGGAGAGACGGAGCCGCCACUGCUCCUCCUGCGGCGUCUACACCAACCACGUCACCAAGGGGAGCCCGUCGGCGAGACCGUCCAGGAGGGGCAGAGCAGACGGAGACGAGUACAGCAUGAGGUCGAUCCUGGCCAAGCAGAGGAGGAAGGAGGGCCAGAAGACGGUGUGGUUCAAGGAGAGCGAGGACUCCUCUGACAUCGAGGUGGAGAUUAUCCCAGACACUGUGGGCCGGGUGGAGGAGGAGACGGAGGAGGAGCUUGAUAUGGAGGGGGUCGUCAGAGACCCUGCAGCCCCGCAGAGGGAGUCUGACGACGGGCAGGAGAGUCCGAGCACAGAGAGCACCGAGGAGCAGGACGGUGAAGACAGCAGCUCAGAAAAAGAGAAAGAAGGUCAGGAGCAGGAGGGCUGACAGCAGAGGUCAGAGGUCAAACUCCAGGCGGAGAAUGAAACUGAGCUGUUUGUCUUCUGGUCACUGUUUGGACACGGCAGCCUGCAGCAGGGAGGCCUCAGCCGUCCAGGAUGGCUCCUCCAACAUCUGUGGAUAACUGCCAAACCUCACGUACACACAAGGAUCCAAAAAGUAUUUAUUUUCUACUGUGAGUAUGUUAGAAGACUUAGAAGAGUCCCAGGUAAUAACUUUAUACCAUGUUUGAAACUUGACACAAGUGUUGGCCACAAAUACACACUCUGAAAUGUUUGAUUUGUAUACUCCACUUAUACCAAGCUGACACACAACGUGGGUCUUAUUUUAGUAGUUUUAGUUGUAAUUAUAACUUUGUACUCACUAAAUGACUUUGUGAAAAUGCAGCAGCAUCACAGCUGAAGUCUGACGAGAUAAAAUACAGAAGCGUACAAAUCCCACAAGGCCACAGGGCCACAGGGCUGCAGACCAAAAACAAAAGUGAACGAUUGAAUUAUUACCCCAACUUUCCGCUGCAACUUUGGCCGGCUGAAUGUUGACAGGAGGUGACGACAGACUGACCUGCUGUCGAUUAAAAUCAGGUUAUUGUUGAAAGUGAUGGGAAAAAGAUUUACUGCUA